CAUAAAACCAAAAUGGCGGACGAUUUGGUGUCUUUUCGUUUUCUCGUUUUAUAACCUUUUUUCUUUGACAAAAAUGGCGCAAAAAAGAUUUCAAAGACUCAUUUAGAUCGAAGGACAUUAUAUUUUUAGCUUAAAAUGGCUACAGACUCGCUGGGAGUUGACCAAGUUCAAAAAGAAAACCAAGCUCUUAAAAAGCAGGUUUCAGGGUUAAAAGCUGAACUGGAAAAUCUAAAGGAAGAAGUGAAAAGUUGCCAUAAAAAGUUGAAGAAGUUGGAAUAUGAGAAAGAAAAUGCAGAGGGACAUGUUAUCAACUCGAAGAGAGAUUUGGAUGCGCUUAGGAAAGAACUUUAUGAUGAGAGAAAAAAGUGGAAACAAGAGAAGGAAGAACUCUCUAAGGCUUGUUCUUAUGUAGGCCAAAGAGAGAGUAUUUCAACUGAGUCUGCACAAGAACUUUCAAACUCUUCAAACAGUUAUCUUAAUCCUUGUGAAAAUGAUUCAAAGGACAUAAAAGCCGUUCUUGAAGAGGCUGCAACUCAAGCCAUGAGUAAAAGUGGAUUUGUGUAUGACGACAGGACUGGUCUGUACUAUGACUGGAAUUGUGGGUUAUAUUAUGAUCCUAAUAGCUGUCUGUAUUACAACAACCAGACUGGAACAUAUUACUUCUAUGAUGAAGCAAGUAAAAGUUAUAAAUUCCACUCACAAGUUGAAUUACAUCCUGAAGAAAAUAAGAUUGAACAAAACAAUGACCAAUAUGAUAAGCCUCCAAAAAGGAAAAAGAAAAAGAAACCAAUGAAACGAAGAAUCAUUAAAGUUAAAUCAAGCUCUGAUGAGGAAUGCAGUUCUGGAGAAAUUAUUAGUACUGAUGAAGAUGAUGAUGAUGACAGGGACUUAGAAGAAGGAGAUGAUGAUGAUGAUGAUGAUGAUGCAAAUGAAGAGCAAGUACACAAGGUUGCACCAUGUAUAAGAGCUAUUGUAACAGAAUCGGACAAGUUGAAAAUUGGGACUUUAUUUAUUAUUACAUGUACUGGCGGAACCCUUGGAAGAGAAAAGGAUGUUGGACAUGGAAUAAGAAUACCUGAUGUAUCCAUUAGUAAGUAUCACUGUAGGAUAUCAUAUGAUCAAGAGAGGAGACAGUACUUCAUUACUGACUUGGGAAGUAAAAAUGGUUCUUUCUUGAAUGGGCAGCGACUUGGACAGGUAUGACAGUAUUAUAACCUAUGUAACAUUCAGGGGUGGUUCAUAAAUAUUUAUGUAUUGGGAGUUUUAAAACAACACCUUUUACAAACCUAAAAUUGUUUUGCCCAGCACCCCAGAAGUACAGAGUAAAUUAGUGGACCUCUCACAGCAUC